GCAAUUCAAAACCCUUCUCCAUAAUCAGUUGAUCAGUCACACACCACAAUGAAGCAAACACCUCCUUCCUCUGCUACACAAUCCAAUCAAGAAACUACAAUGGACGCCAUGGAAACAUCCUUCUUCGAUUCAACAACAGACAUUUGCACUCAACUCAUACAACGUUAUUCUUCUUCUUCAGCUCCGCAACACCGUCAUCUCACCGCUACUGCCGCCGCCGUUAAAUCUCUUCUUUUAGAAGAUUCUCUUCCUCUCUCUCCAUUCUCUUACUUCGCCGCCGUCAUGACAGCUCUAUCUCAACCCUUAAACGAUGCCGCUUCUGCCUCUGCUCUCUCUACGCUUCUUUCUAUUGUUCUCCCGCUUAUUCCAGAAUCUUCUAUUUCGGCGGAGAAAGCAUCCGAGGCGGUUGCGGUUCUUGUUAAGGUAUUGGGGAGUGAGGAGAGAGAAUUGGUUACGGGGUCUGCUUCUAGUGCGAGGUGUGUGGUUAAAUCUUUAGGGAUUUUGUUAGGGUUUUGUGAUUCUAAGGAUUGGAAUUCUGUUGAGUUGGGUUUCAAGACUUUGGCUAAUUGGUGCAUUGAUAAGCGGCCUAAGGUUAGGAAAUGUGCUCUAGUGUAUUUAGAAAAUGCCCUUAAAUCUUUCCAAUCUGGAAAUGUGAAGAAAAAGGCGAGUAAACUAAUUCUGUCAUUGCUGGAAACUUACAUGUCUACUGCUGUCAAAUUGGGUGUUUUACAAAACGUAGAUGUAUCCGGAUACGUGAAACAAUAUGAAGCUGAACAGUCGGACAUUGUCCAUGCCCUUAGUCUUGUGAGGGUUUCUUUGCCUUAUCUUGGUGACAAGAGUUGUGGAAAAAUAAUUUUGAAACUGAUUGAGCUUCUUGAUACAUGCUCUUCUACGAUUACAAGGCCUGUUCUUAAUGGUAUUGAAGCAUUCUUAGAAGGAGUUGAAGAUGAUAUCAUUACUUCAGUGGCUGUCGACAUAAUUGAUGCACUUUCAUCAUAUGUUUCUGUAGAAACAAACACAAAUGAUGGCAUCAUUUCCGCAGCAAACUUACUGAAGAUUUCUCUUGACAAACUUCAUGCAAAAGAUAUCUCUAAAUGGAAGAAGAGUUUUUCUUCUGGAGUUGAUGCAAUUGCAGGCCUUCUUACACGCGAGAAUGAUAUUGCUUUGAAGUCCUCAAAUAUUUUGAAGAACAUGAUUUGUGAACAAUUGUCUGACGCAGAAAUCCAGUCUGCUUGUGAUUUAGAUAACAAUGAUAAAGAAUCUCAAGCAAUUGCAUCUAUGUGCUCCACCUUCCUGAAAUUGUUGGAUUCUUUUGCUGGGAUUCCCAAUGAACAGAUAUUAGCUGCUAUAUCAGUUCUAUUUCUCAAACUUGGUCGCAGCUCAUUUUCAUAUAUGAGGAAUAUUGUUCUUAAGUUGGGGGAGAUGUUUACUCAUGCUGAUGGCAACAAAUAUGAAAUAAAUCAUUUGCAAAUAUGUUUUGGAUGUGCUGUGGUUGCAAUGGGAGUGGAGAAUAUUUUAACCCUUGUUCCAAUAUCGUUUAAUGUGGAAACUUCAACAUGUGCAAACAUGUGGAUGAUACCAAUUCUUAAGAACUAUACCUGUGGGGCAUCCCUGGGAUAUUUUGUGGAGCACAUUGCACCAAUCGCUCAGUCUCUUCAAAAGGCUUCCCGUAAAGUUAGAAAGUCAGUAAUAGGACAAGAUCUGCAGGCUUAUGCCCAUGGCUUAUGGGGGCUCGUACCUGCCUUUUGUCGUCAUCCAACUGAUAUUAGUAAAAGUUUUCACUCUUUUGCAAAGUUGAUGCUUGUCCGGCUGAAGAAAGAUGCUUUUUUGCUUGAAGAUAUCGCUCAGUCCUUGCAGGAACUUGUAACUCAAAACAAGGUUUUGCCGAAACCUGAUGCUGCUAAUAUCAAACCCAGAGAGUAUUCCACUGAGUUCUGUUUGGAUGAUUAUCUAUUGGAGAAGAGAAACAUGUUCUGUUAUUCCAAGAAAGCCGCUGCCAGAAACCUCAAGGCUUUAUCCUUGUAUUCAAAAGAACUGCUAUUGGCACUGAUGAAGAUUUUUCUUGAUUCAACUCCUGAAAAGCGUUCAUACCUAAAGAAAGCUAUUGGUUGCCUGGCUUCCGUCUCCAACUCCUCUGUCAUGAAAGAAAUUUUAAUUUCGUCCCUUGGGAGGUUCCCAUUAGUGAAGGCUAUUUCAGUAUACGAAGAUUCUGAUUCAUCAAAUGCAUUACCUAAUGAGACUUCAUUAGAUUCAAGCUCUGUUGAUGAUAACUCACAGUGGUCUUUGAUACUUGAUCUAGCUUCAUCCAUUGUGGAGGGAGCGGAUGAGGAUCUUAUCAGAUUGAUCUUUGGAUUGGCAAAGCAUGCACUGCAGACUGGUGAUGGCGUAGGUGUCACUGAAGCUUAUUAUACUUUGAGUUGUAUCCUAAAGGAACAUCCUUGGUUUUGCUCUUCAAAAAUGGAAGACCUUGUUGAUUUCAUAAUUGGCUUGAAGUCUCCAGCUGAUAUUGCUUCUUUUACCAACCGUCUAAGUUGUCUUUACCUAUUGUUGGUCUAUGCUUUGAAGAAUAAUUCAGAUGUGGAGAACACGAAGCCUUUCCAUAUUUUGAAUGAGGUUAUACUUGCGCUAAAAGAUUCCAGGGAAGAGGCCAGGAAAGCAGCUUAUGACGUCUUGCUCAGAAUUAGUUCGUGCUUAGAAGAUUCAUCGUCUGCUGAUUGUGAUGGACCAUACUACAGACUGAUUAAUAUGAUUCUAGGGUAUCUCUCUGGUCCAUCACCUCAUAUAACGAGUGCAGCAAUCUCUGCGUUGUCUGUGCUUGUAUUUAAAGAACCGGAGCUCUGUUUAAAAGUUCCCAAUGUUAUUUCCUCCAUUGCAUCCUUGCUGCAGACAAAAGCUGUGGAGACAAUUAAGGCUGCUUUGGGCUUUAUCAAAGUGUUGGUUUCAUGUCUAGAAGCAAAAGAUUUGCAGAAUUUUGUCUCGGUUAUUGUAGACGGAGUUGCUCCAUGGUCGUCUGUCUCGAGGCAUCAUUUUAGAUCAAAAGUUACUGUCAUAUUGGAGAUCAUGAUACGAAAAUGUGGUCUCCCCACAAUAAAGUUGGCCACUCCUGGAAGAUAUGAGUCAUUCAUCAGAAAGGUUUCACAGAUUCGUCAUGGGAAGACAACUUCUGAGGAAGCGGGCUCAGAUGCUUCGAACCCACAGCUUUCUGAUGCCCCUGUAAACAGGCCGAAAAAGAGGUCAAGUAAUGAGAUGACCGACAAUAGAAAUGGUUCGAAAUUUCAGAUAAAUAAGAGGAGGAAAUCAUUUCAAAAUUAUCAGUCACCUGGUGCUGCUAGAAGAACUGGUGUGGGAUUUGAUCAAAAGACCAAUCAUUUUAAGCAUAGACAAUCAAAAUUCGGUCAGAAUGAACAUGAGCGGAAUUUUCAUCAAGCAUCCGAGAGUAACCAAAUGAAAAAUAGACAAAAGUAUGGCCAUAAGAGAAGACCAAGGCGUUAGUUAUAUACAUGUUUUUGAUACCGAAGAGCAAAAUUUUGAUAGUAGAGCUGGCAAUGUAUUGCAUGAUUUAGAAGAUGCGGUGUUGGUAGAACAAGUUGAGUGUGUCAUAGUUAAGUCUAGUCUUGUUACUUUUUAUUGUUGAGUAAACAAACCAUUUCCAAUUUUGAUAGUUUCAGUAAGCACAGUUGCAUUUAUUGCUGGCUUGCAAAAUUUGGAAUUAGUGAAUGGCUCCUGGAAACAUUAAUAUAUAAUGGGCAUGGCUACUCCAGCAUGAAUCGAGAGUUAAAACUUAUCUGAGCAAGUUGACGAAUUUUGAAUAUGUAUUUACUUGAUAUUUGUUUGAAGAUAGUUGUUGAUGGCUUCGGUGCCUGAAAUCUAAAAUGUUUCCGCUAAAUGGUAUCGGUAGGUUAUGGAUGUGCUAGUUUUGUCUCAAAAAGCCAAGAAAGAUAAAACUAACUAUUUUUUGAACUCAAAUGUCAAUUUUGUCUUCAAUAUAGAGGGGAAAUCAACCAUUAAUGUAAACUCUUUGAUCAAAUGGUUUGAAGAUUUUUCCUUUACAUCCUUAACUCGGCAUCAAAUAAAAAGAAAUACUACCUCGGUCCCUAUGUUACCAUGAGUUUACGACAAAAGCCAUGACAAGUUAACAAGUGG